AUGGAUAUUAAUGUGAAACAAGAAAAUGAAAGUGAUACCGACUUCAAACAGUCCAAAAUUGAUAGCUUAGAAUCACUGGGACCGUAUAUAUUGAAGCAGGACAAUGCAAAAAACUUUGUGUACGUUUCCGAGAUUCCCCAGCUGUGUAAGGACGAACCGUGUAUGCUCGGGGUAGAUGAAGCUGGCCGAGGUCCAGUUCUUGGCCCCAUGGUUUAUGGAAUUGCAUUUUGCCCGUUAUCAAAAAAGAAGAUUCUGAAGGACCUCGGGUUUGCUGAUUCCAAGCAGUUGACAGAAGAGAUGCGAGAUCAAAUAUUUGACGAAAUGAACCGAAAGGAUUAUGCUGUAGAAGCGCUAGGCUGGGCCGUGGAAGCAAUAUCGCCGAACGUGAUCUCAAUGAACAUGCUUAAGAGAACGAAAUAUUCGUUGAAUGAGAUAUCCAUGGACUCUGCUAUCGGACUAAUCCACUCAGCGAUCGCAGCCGGCGUGAAUAUCUCGGAAGUGUACGUAGACACUGUUGGUCCGCCGGAAAAGUAUCAAGCAAAAUUGAAAGCCAUUUUCCCGCAGUUUAAAAUUACGGUAGCUAAAAAGGCCGAUAGCACCUACCCAAUCGUAUCCGCGGCCAGUAUUGCGGCAAAAGUGACGCGCGAUCACGCACUAAAAGUGUGGAAAUUCCGUGAGCGGCCUAACGAGGAAGGGAAUUCAUUUGGUAGUGGCUAUCCUGGCGAUCCAAUCACGAAGCGGUUCUUGGAAGAAAUUGAUCUCGUGUUUGGAUAUCCGCGGCUAGUAAGGUUCAGCUGGUCUACGGCGGGAAAAGCCUUGGAGAACAAAGCCUACGAUAUGGCAUUUGAAGACGAGACUGAGCUUAAAGAUGCACAGAAAGCAACUUACGGCAGUGAGAAACUGUCGAAGUAUUUUUCGGCAUCGAAGAACGAAAAUAGGAAAAGGAAUGAAUUCUUUCGGGAUCGUUGCUUGGAGCAUGUGUCCGAUUUAUAA